AUGUUGGGAACUGGUCGCUUGCUAUGCGUAUUGCUGCUGUUACUGGACUUUGCAUUCGUGACUGUCUUUGCAAAGUCAGACUACUACAGCAUAUUGGGUGUUUCUAGAAGUGCUUCAAAGGCAUAUCUUAAGGAGAUCAAGAAAGCCUAUAGAAGUCUUUCAAAAAAGUAUCAUCCUGACAAAAACCCCGGAAACAAGGAGGCAGAGGACAAAUUCGUUGAGCUAGCCAAAGCUUAUGAAAUUAUCAUUGAUGACGAGAAACGACGAGUUUACGAUCAGUAUGGUGAAGAUGGUUUGAAAGAAAACUCGCAGCAAUUUCGCAAUCCGUUUGAUUUUUUCAACCAGGGAUUCAAUGGUGGUCAGCGCGCUGAGCGUCGUGGCCCUUCAAUCAACAUGAUUCUCGAUGUUACUCUUGAAGAAAUUUUUAAUGGUAAAGAAAUCGAUGUGGAGAUCAAUCGUCAAGUCAUUUGCCCUAGCUGUCGUGGAUCAGGUGCAAAGAGUCAUGAUCAUAUCCAUACCUGUCAGACGUGUGGUGGAUCGGGUGUUCGAAUUGUUCGUCAGCAGAUCGCUCCUGGAUUUACUCAGCAAAUUCAGACUACCUGUAAUGUUUGUAAUGGACGAGGGAAAAUUGUCAAAUCAAAAUGUCCAGUUUGUGAUGGCCUCAAAGUAAAGCGUGGAAGCAGUCAAAUCACUGUUCAAGUCGAAAAGGGUAUGGCUAAUGACCAGGAAUUGGUAUAUGAAGGCGAAGCCGAUCAAUCCCCCGAUGUAGCUACAGGACAUGUCAAAUUCACUCUCAGGGUUGCUGAGCACGAACGCUUCACUCGUGUUGGCGAUAAUUUGUAUAUGAACGAUGCAAUUUCUCUCCGUGAAGCGCUUCUUGGUUUUGAACGGAAAUUUACUCAUUUAGAUGGCAGUUCAUUUGCUGUUUCUCGUAAAGCUGUGACUCAGCAUGGAUUUGUUCAAACUAUUCCAUCAAAAGGCAUGCCAAAGCAUGAAUUCCCAAGUGAUGGUGGCGAUCUUUUUAUUGAAUAUCAAGUUGUUCUGCCAGCCACACUCACAGACGCUCAACGGAAACUGGUCGAGCAACUUUUUCCUAAAUAAAGCAAGCUAGCAGCUUAUUGGCUGUUGAAUGCUGUCUUGUUCC